AUUAAGAAACGACUUUGGAACGACUCUGCAGUCUGCAGACUCUACACGGCGAACAGACUACAGAGGAGAGAGAGAGAGAGAGAGAGAGACCACCAUGAGGAAGGGGAACUUAAACGUCGAGCUUGAAAUUCCUUCCUACGAAAAAUCCGUCUCUGAAUUCAUCAGCACUCCCACUGGUACGUUCAGAGCUGGCGAUCUGAUAGUUGACAAAAAUGGAGUUCGAAUCAUCUCUCAAAACGAAGAUGAGCCGCCAAACCUUAUAAGGCUAUCGGACAACCAAUUGACCUUAGCUGACAUGGAUAUAAUUAAAGUGAUUGGAAAGGGUAACGGAGGGGUCGUGCAUCUGGUGCAACACAAAUGGACUGGCCAAUUUUUUGCAUUGAAGGUUAUACAAGUGAAUAUCCCGGAGCCUAAUCGCAGACAGAUUGCACAGGAACUGAAGAUUAAUCAGUCAGCACAGAGUCCAUAUGUGGUUGUAUGUUACCAGUCAUUCUAUGACAAUGGCUUCAUAUCAAUUGUUUUGGAAUACAUGGAUGGUGGUUCUCUUGCAGAUUUUCUAAAAAAAGUCCAAACAAUUCCAGAGAAAUAUCUUGCUGCCAUCUGUAAGCAGGUGCUCAUGGGUCUGUUGUAUAUUCAUCAUGACAAGCACAUAAUUCACAGGGACUUAAAACCUUCUAAUUUGUUAAUAAAUCAUACAGGAGCAGUCAAGAUAACUGAUUUUGGUGUGAGUGCCAUAUUGGAAAGCACCUCUGACCAGGCAAAUACCUUGAUUGGUACUUACAAUUAUAUGUCUCCAGAGAGAAUCAGGGGAGGUAAACAUGGCCCCAAAAGUGAUAUUUGGAGCUUGGGAUUAGUUUUACUGGAGUGUGCGACCGGCAAAUUUCCUUAUUCCCCACCAGAAGAAGGAGGAUGGGUCAACUGUUUCGAGCUUAUGGAAACAAUUGUGAAUCAACCACCACCUUGUGCACCUUCUGACCGGUUUUCUCCAGAGUUCUGCUCCUUUAUCUCAGCAUGUUUACAGAAAGAUCCAAAUCAUAGACAUUCAGCACGUAAACUAAUGGAACAUCCUUUCAUCAGCAUGUAUGAAGACUCAAAUGUUGAUUUUGCUGCUUACUUCAACAAAGCUGGGUCCCCACUUGCAACAUUUUGAUCGUUUCCUUUCUGAUUGCAUAUGUGCUGCUGUGAUGGGUAUGGGAGUGAAAGAAAAUAGAGCAAAAGUUACUGGAGUUUGAAAGAAAAUAGAGCAAAAGUUACUGAAUCUUUUGAAAGAGAAAACGGAUUCAGGGUUGUUGAGAAUCAGCAAAAUAUGGAAACCCAAUGCCUGAGAAUUGAAGCGAGCGGGACUGCAACACAUUUUUCCAUGAAUCCGAGGUUAUUACUUGAAAGAUCAAUAUUAUUAUUUGUUUUUCAUAUCUGAAAAGAUACAAAGCAUAUGUGCCAAUCUUAUGAACUUGGAAUCAAUGAAAUAGAGGCAGGUUGAGUCA